AUGUCAUUAAAUUACAUCAAAAACUUUUAUGAAGGAUGUCUCAGGCCUCCGACAGUGAUAGGCCAGUUCCACACGCUGUUUUUUGGCUCUGUGCGUACCUUUUUUCUUGGAGUCCUUGGAUUCGCUGUCUACGGCAAUGAGGCCCUGCAUUUCAGCUGUGAUCCGGACAAAAGGGAAUUAAACCUUUACUGUUACAACCAGUUCAGGCCUAUAACACCUCAGGUUUUCUGGGCGUUGCAGCUAGUUACUGUCUUGGUACCUGGAGCAGUGUUUCAUCUUUAUGCUGCCUGUAAGAAUAUAGACCAGGAGGAGAUCCUUCAGCGGCCGAUGUCUACAGUCUUCUACAUCAUCUCUGUCCUGUUGAGAAUAAUUCUGGAAGUCUUAGCGUUUUGGCUUCAGAGCCACCUUUUUGGUUUCCUGGUUGAUCCUAUUUUCAUGUGCGAUGUCACCGGCCUCGGAAAGAUCCUCAACGUCUCAAAGUGCAUGGUCCCUGAACACUUCGAGAAGACCAUCUUCCUCAGCGCAAUGUACACCUUCACUAUCAUCACCAUACUCCUCUGUAUCGCUGAGAUUUUUGAGAUUCUGUUCCGAAGACUUGGCUAUUUAAACCAGCCGAUGACUUAGCACGUGUUUGAGUGAUGCUGCUUCAACAGUGUUUGUUUUGUGUCUUCCGGAUCACCGAAUGAC